AUGCUGCUCAAAACAACCAUCCAUUUUGCUCUCAGCAUUUUUGCUGCAUAUACCUCUGCAUUUCCAGCUGAGGAAGAGCCUGGUGUUACCAUCGACAGCAAUCGGUUAGUUAAUUCGACCAUGGUCCCUCAGCUGGACGCAUUGUUCCACCAAAUAGCAGCAAAGUACAAUGCCACGGAAGGUACUGCAAGCAAGAACGGCGCAUUGUUGCGAGCCCAGAUUCUGUCUACCACCUCUUCAGCUAACCUUGUCAAGUAUGCAAAUUAUGCUGCUGCCGCCUAUAAUGUGAACAGCAGCUUGUGGACAUGCGCGAUAGCUUGCCAAACAACAGCAACCGCUGGCACAGUUAUUUAUUACCGCUGGGAGAAUGUGGUCAAAGCCAGCAUAGGAUACGUCGCAUAUAACGACAACAACAAGGAGAUCGUUGUUGGGUACCGCGGCAGCCACUCGUUCUUUGACUUGAUGACGAAUCUAAAUUUCGCCAAGUCUAGAUGGCCAUCGAAUGUGUCCGGCUCCGAGGUGCAUACAGGGUUCAUAAAGGCCUACCAAGCGACCGCAUCUGCCGUAAAUAACGCAACCCUGACUCUGGCAAACAGGUACCCAGCAUACAACAUCGUGUUUACCGGUCAUUCGCUCGGUAGCUCGCUGGCUGCCAUCAAUGCUGCCGAUUUCGCCACAAAGUACCCAGCUCUGAUCAGUCGAAUCCACCUAUACACAUACGGCCAGCCACGUACUGGCAACCGCGCCUUUGCCAGCUGGGUCCAAGACAAGGGGUUCUCGAUAUAUCGUGUUGUGUUCCAUCGCGACUUGGUUCCCCAGCUCCCAUUUACUAUAUUCGAUUACUGGCAUCACAGUCAAGAGGUCUGGUACAAGCCCUCAGACGGCAUUGUAUUCUGUGGCGCUAAUGGCGAGAACCCUGAUUGCGAGUAUGGAGUAUUUGGGCUAUCCUUGACAUCCAAUGAUCAUGAUGGAUACCCUGGAAUCGCACACUAGGACCAAGUCUGUAUACUUUGGAUAUAGUUCAAUACUGUUGACAUUGGAGUGCCGAACCACUCCUGCGCUACCAUUCCAGCGACUAAACCACAUGGAAUCAGGCCUCAGACCGACCGGAUCUUUCCCCUUUCCCUUCAGUAAAUACCGUUUUAUCCUUUAUUAGCUCACAUACACAGUCGU